CUUCAGCCACCGAUUCUUUAACGUCGGAAAGAAGCAAAAUUAAACAGCCGAAAAAAUGCGUGAGUGUAUUUCUAUGCAUAUCGGCCAAGCCGGAGUCCAGAUGGGCAACGCCUGCUGGGAGCUGUACUGCCUGGAGCACGGCAUCCAGCCGGACGGCCGGAUGCCCAGCGACAAGACCAUCGGAGGAGGAGACGACUCCUUCAACACCUUCUUCAGUGAAACCGGAGCCGGCAAACACGUCCCCAGAGCCGUGUUCGUGGACCUGGAGCCGACAGUCAUCGAUGAGGUCCGUACAGGAACCUACCGCCAGCUGUUUCACCCCGAGCAGCUGAUCACCGGCAAGGAGGAUGCUGCCAACAACUACGCCCGCGGUCACUACACGGUCGGCAAGGAGAUAAUCGACAUAGUUCUCGACAGGACACGCAAGCUGGCUGACCAGUGCACGGGGCUCCAAGGGUUCCUCAUCUUCCACUCCUUCGGAGGAGGAACCGGCUCCGGCUUCACCUCCCUCCUGAUGGAGCGUCUCUCCGUCGACUACGGCAAGAAGUCCAAGCUGGAGUUCGCCAUCUACCCGGCGCCGCAGAUCUCCACGGCCGUGGUGGAGCCCUACAACUCCAUCCUGACCACCCACACCACCCUGGAGCACUCUGACUGCGCCUUCAUGGUGGACAACGAGGCCAUCUACGACAUCUGCCGCAGGAACCUGGACAUCGAGCGCCCGUCAUACACCAACCUCAACCGGCUGAUCGGCCAGAUCGUGUCCUCCAUCACGGCCUCCCUGCGCUUCGACGGCGCCCUGAACGUGGACCUGACGGAGUUCCAGACCAACCUGGUGCCCUACCCUCGUAUCCACUUCCCUCUGGCCACCUACGCCCCGGUCAUCUCCGCCGAGCGGGCCUACCACGAGCAGAUCACCGUGGCUGAGAUCACCAACGCCUGCUUCGAGCCCGCCAACCAGAUGGUGAAGUGCGACCCCCGCCACGGGAAGUACAUGGCGUGCUGCCUGCUGUACCGCGGAGACGUGGUGCCCAAAGACGUCAACGCCGCCAUCGCCACCAUCAAGACCAAGCGCAGCAUCCAGUUCGUGGACUGGUGCCCCACCGGCUUCAAGGUGGGCAUCAACUACCAGCCCCCCACCGUGGUGCCCGGAGGAGACCUGGCCAAGGUGCAGCGGGCCGUGUGCAUGCUGAGCAACACCACCGCCAUCGCCGAGGCCUGGGCCCGCCUGGACCACAAGUUCGACCUGAUGUACGCCAAGCGGGCCUUCGUCCACUGGUACGUGGGGGAGGGGAUGGAGGAGGGGGAGUUCUCAGAGGCCAGAGAGGACAUGGCCGCCCUGGAGAAGGACUACGAGGAGGUCGGCACCGACAGCGUCGGGGAGGAGGAUGAAGGAGAGGAGUACUAGGUCCAGAACGUCGGCAGCUUGCUGUGGCCAAACCAAACGUCUCAAUUGGACUCAUUCCUUUAGAUUCUGCACAUUGCAGCGAGCUACAUGAUUGUCAUUCCUCAUUUAAAAUCCAAACGAAUAAACGGAACAUGAAGUCA